AUGAGCUCAUAUUUUGUCAAUUCUCUAUUCACUAAAUUCAAAGGAAACGAGUCGUUACAUCCCAGCUACUACGAGUGUACGGGAUACACACAGGAGUUAGCGACCAGACCGUCUGUGCUGUACGGACACAGCGCAGGAUCAUUUCAACACACAGCUCAGCUGCCUGAAUUUUACCACCAUGGAACCUCCACAUUUCCCCAUUCAACAUACCAACAGCGCCAGUAUACCGGAGAGGCGGCCUCAAAUCUACAGGACGCGUUACAGAGACAGACCCUUUUUGGCACCCAGGAUCCGGAUUUGGUUCAAUUUGGGGAUUAUGGCUUCAAAGCAAACUGCAUCAGUGAGGAUCUGGAGAGCACAGAUGCUUGUACAACCCAGCUUUUCCCCUGGAUGCGACCGCAAGCUGCCGGCCGGAGAAGGGGCAGACAGACGUACAGUCGCUACCAGACGCUUGAGCUGGAGAAGGAGUUCCUGUUUAACCCGUACCUGACUCGCAAACGGCGUGUGGAGGUGUCACGAGCUCUCUGCCUGACCGAACGCCAGGUGAAGAUAUGGUUUCAGAACAGGCGCAUGAAAUGGAAAAAGGAGAACAACAAAGACAAGUUUCCCAGCAACAGGGCCGAGCAGGAAGAGAUCGAGAGACAGAGGAGAGAACAAGCAGAGGAUUUAGAAAAAGCUUCGCCAAGAGAGGAGGACUCUCAUGGAGAAGAGAAAACUUAACUUCAGGAAGAACUGGACUUUUUAAAACCUCAAAUCUCGUUCAGAGCCAAACGUGUUCAGACUGGUUUAGUGACUUGUGACUUUUAUAAGUGAAAUGAAUGUUUUUUUGU